CAUCUCUAAUAUGUUGUGUAAUUAACAAAUUUUAAUGUACACACAAAAUCCUUAAUUGAACUGUAUAAACAAAUGAUUGUUAAAUGUUUGUUGUUAUAGAGGUAGUUGUAGAGAUGUCGUUUUGCAGAGAGCUCCAUCGUGAGUGCGAGCAAUGGUCAUUAGUAAAAACCAGUGUCUUUUUCGUUAUUUUGUUACUUCAAAAUGGAUAUUGUAAUAAAGACGAAUACCAGGUAUGCAAAUUUGAAGUAUCCAAUGUAGGUACCACAUCACAAAAGGCGUUUUGGAAUUCAAGCGGAAUUCAGAAUGAAAUAGUCAUAUCCAGGCCGGCAUGUAUCCAACAAAAUGGAACGUUGAUUACAAGAAUAUGUAAGAAUGGUAAAUGGAUACCAGACAUCGCCAAAACGGUAUGUCCACAAGUAACAGGAAUGAGACGAACAUGCCCUCCGAAAUUCCAAGAAACUCCAACCAGUUGCCUAUUUAUAGCACCCGCUCAAACAUGGGGGCAUAUUUGUAAUUCGAAAACUUUAGACACGGAACCUAAUCAAACUUCUAUAAAAGACGAUCUUGUAUGGAUACCUUACAAAAGAUUAAGACCAUACGGUCCGUUUGAAUCGGUCGCUUUUGGUGACAAAUAUGGUACUCCAUUUGAUAAACACAUAAGUGCUACGUUGAGUCAUCCCAAUUUUUUUGACAAGAACUGUUUGGUUGCUAAUAGUGUAUCAAAAGAAUAUUAUCCUGAGUUUUGUAAUAACACGCAUGGAUAUGUUUGUGAUUUUUCUAAGGAGCUGACAAACUCUAAAUGCCCAAAAAACUGUAUCAGCGCUGAUUAUAUUUCCGGUUCGUGUUACUGUAAAUUUGAACAUGAUUGUCCAAAUCUUGCUAGAGUUGAUAAUAUUUACGAUCUUACAGUUCUUCAAGAUAUUAUACGUCAUGAUGAUGAUGACGAUGUUUGCUAUGUUGGGAAAGGUAGUGACCCAGAUAAAUCUUUUGCAGGAUUAAUGCAGUCAAUAAGCAAAAACAGUUGGAGCUAUACAGACGAAAACUUAACCUGCAAUAUGUGUCUUACUACUAGGUAUAAAUCUCCAACAAGGCAUGAGUCACAGAUGGUCUUAGCCUUUGAUGAAGCUACUUCCGGUUUGUGUCUUACAGUCUAUCAUCCUGAAAGUUUAUUCAACAAAGGUCUUGACCAGACAAUAUAUUGUUUUACUGACGCAGACGCAUAUGAGUUGAAAAAAAGAAAAAAAGUGUCAUUUUUGUUUGCAAAUAGAGAUACCACCGAACCUUACAAUGUAUACGAAGUGGACUUAGAAGAAUAUAUUGGAUUUUAUUGGUGCGAAGGUUUUACAGAUAUGGACGAUAACGACGAAAAUAAGGUAAAUUCAAACCGUGUUUUGGCUUAUAAAACCAAGACAGGUAGUGAAUUUGCUGCAAGACUGGUAAUAAAAAGUAUUUGUAUCUUAUUUCCUUGUGAUAUAGCUUAUGAAAUUGACUUCAGAGCUAUACUUAGAAAAAGUGUUGGAGAUUUUCGGCAAGAAGUUCGAGUUAUGGAGAUUUACAGUUUUAACUUUGAAACUAUAGAUAUUUUACUCCAUGUAACCACUAAAGACACAAAUAAUGUCAUGGAAAAUUACAAGUAUGUUUGUGACCAAAUAAAACAAAAGGAGGAAAAAAACGAGCUAACUAUUAACUACAUUAGAAGUUCUGAAUAUUGCUUACCGGAAAAAUCGGCAGGACUAGACUGGCCUCUUACACCUAUGGGCCAAGGAGCAGUUCCAGAACAACUAUGCCUGCAACAUAACUCACUGCCAGUGGUACGGUAUUGUCGCGGUAAUUUUUUAACUGGUGCAACCUGGCAAGAUGUGAUAGGAAGUUGUGCUUCCAAUGCUGCGAUUCCUGAGAGUACUAAGUAUUUUUAUGGUGCUUUAAACAAAAGUGUGAGUGACGAAACUAUCACUAACAUUACUAAUAUUAUAAGAAAUAAUCACGAUCUACCAGUUAUAUCAAUUUACUAUGCUGCAAAGUUUUUGGAUAAGAUAUAUUCACAGACAAACACAACAAUUCGUAACUCGAUUAAUAGUACCAUAGACCUAACAGACAGUAUUCUUGAUGUACAAAAGGAAAAGUUGGUUUCUUCACAAGAACUCUUAAAUGUUACCGAUGAUUUAAUUGAUUUAGUUGAAAAUAUUCUUACGAGUACUACUAUUGAAGACGAUCAUUUAAUUUUGCAAAGAAACAAUGUUAUUAUACAUGUAACCAACCCUGUGUUAAGCGGAGUUGGUGGAGUGGUGGUUUAUCAACCAAGUGGAGAAGCUCCGUAUGUUGAGGAUCUUCCUAGAAACAGUACCUUUCUCGAUGUUAAACCAAAUGCAUUGAUUGCUUUGCUUAUACCAGAAGAAAUUAUACAUUAUAGAAACGGUUCAAAUAUAACGCUAUUAGUGACAGUUUAUUUUAAGGACGCUUUUUUUGAAAGCAGCUAUACUAAGAAGCCUUCAGGUCCAGUGAUAAGUGUGACUAUACCUGAAUUUGGAGGGUAUCUACCUGCACCUAUACCGAUUUUAUUCGAUGUUACUAAUUUCACCGAUACACCAGAAUGCGUCUUCUGGGACUAUGGCAAGAAGACCGUAAGGAAAAAAGGUCAUUGGUCUAGACUUGGAGGAACAUACGUUGGACAACUGAGUAAUAUAAGUACUUAUCAUAUUUGUAUGUACUCCCAUUUAACGCACUUCUCUCUUUUAAGAGAGUCAUUGGGCGCUGAUAUAACUGAGACAAAUUAUAUUAUUCUUGACACUAUAACAAUAAUUGGUGAUGUUAUGUCAGCACUUGGUGUAAGUGGAAUCUUUGUGACAGCAAUGAUGUUCAAGAAAUGGCGUAAAAAACCAGGAACAACUAUCUUGUUACAUCUGUCUGUUUCUAUAUUUCUGGAAACCAUUUUGAUGCAAUUGACUGAUUUGAAUAUGUUUUCACUGCCUGAUGCUUGCUCAGUUUUUGGUAUUUUUAUACACUAUAUGGUCAUUAGUAAAUUUUGUUGGAUGCUGGUCUAUUCGUUCUUGCAGUAUAUGAGAUUUGUAAAGGUACUAUCUAUCUUGCCUGAUAAUAUAGUACUUAAAUCGACUAUUUUCGGAUGGGGAUUUGCUAUCAUCCCAGUGAGCAUCACAAACAUUUGUUCAGCUACAUAUACAAUGAGAAAACACAACUACUGCUAUCCUGAAGGAAUCUAUCUUUAUUUAGGUAUCGGUUUACCAGUUAUAUUAAUUAUAUCAAUAAACACAUUCGUAUUUUUUACUGUAAUGAGGGAAGUCACUUCAAAUUCGGUCGAAUCUCAUGGAAGUAAGGAAAAUGUUCAAAAAUUACAAAUACAACUUGGUUUUCUCUUAUUUUUCGUGUUGGGCAUACCUUGGAUAUUUUGGGUUUUUGCCAAUUUAAUCUAUAUUCAGUGGUUAAAGGUAAUUUUAAUCUAUAUAUUUUCCAUCACUUCAAACAUUCAAGGAUUUAUAUUGUUUUUGUUUUAUGUUGUUUUUAAUAGUGAAACUAGACUGGCCUGGCAAAAAUAUUUUAUACACACUAGGCCUAAGUCUUUCUCCAUUAGUACCAAAACCAGCAGUAGAUCUUAAGUAAAUGUUUAUUUAAAUGUACAAAUAUAUUUUAAUCUCAAAAUUUUGUAAAUUAUUAUUUAUAUCAUUCACCUACUAUUAAACUGACAAAUUUUAA